AUGUACGACACGACUUACUUCCGCGCAACUUGGGUCCUAACCGCUCUGGACGCUGGAUUUUGGACGGCGAUGAAGAUCAAAGUCAAAUGGUUAAGAGACCUGGCGAGCAUUCUAUUCUCUCUAUUUUACCUAGUAGCGGCAGAACGAGCGGAUGAGAAAGUCCGCAAAGUCCGAGGUAUGAUCACGGUCGAGCACCUCCGCGUUGCGUGGAACAAAGGCACGACACCUUAUUUGAGUGUAUUACAACGCCUAAUGCGACCCCGAUUCACAAGAUGGCCUCCAAGGCAGAUUCGGAUUCCCCGGCCAUCGAAUAGUGAUUACAAGGAACCCAUCCUGGCAUGGUUGUAUUUUGACGGGCCACUAGCGGAUUUACUGCUUCACAACAGACUUGUGCUGGAUAUUCCCGGCGGAGGCUUUGUUGCCAUGGAUCCUCGAUGCAACGAUGACAAGCUCCUUGCUUGGGCAUCAAAGUCUGGACUGCCUAUUCUUAGUCUGGACUAUAAAAAGGCCCCAGAAUUUCCCUAUCCCUAUGCCGUCAACGAGGUAUUCGAUGUGUAUGCCGCCAUCAUCAAUACAAAAGGACGUUGCAUCGGCCUGUCAGGUCGCGAGACGCCUCGAAUUAUUAUCACGGGUGAUAGUGCUGGAGCCAACCUUGCUGUUUCCGCAACUUUGAUGAUUACCGAGACGAGUGAUGGUGAGUUCCGGCGAUUUGCUGGCCGAGGAGUACUCCCCGCUCCUGACGGUUUGGUGUGUUUCUAUCCAGCCCUGGACAUGAAUAUCGGAAACUGGAUGACAGAUGAGCAAAUGUCAUUGAUUAGAGACCGUAAGAUGCGCAAGACAAAUAGAACUAUUGCCCGACGCAAAAGCAUGCAAUACAACCAGCUGGUGGGAACACCACAUCACUCAGAUGACGAAGACGAAAUCACUCCCCCCGAAUCAGUUUCUAUUCCGCUCAGAAGUCCUCACGAUUGCCAGCCUCAAUUCUCCCACACUGGGCCCCAAUCCUUCACCUCAAAUAAGGAGAGGAACGGACCCAAAAGGAUGGACAAUAUGUCUCACCACUCGCAGCCGAUGCAAACUCGUCUCGCAACAUCCUCAAUGAUUUCCUACUUUAACGACCGAGUCCUCACUCCGGAAAUGAUGCGAGCCAUGAUUAUCCUCUACAUCGGACCCCAUAAUCGACCUGACUUCUCGCAGGAUUAUCUCUUAAGUCCGGUCCUCGCGCCUGAAAACCUUCUCGCCAGGUUCCCCAAAACAUACUUCAUGACGGGCGAACGUGAUCCUCUCGUCGAUGACACCGUCAUCUUCGCAGGCCGUCUCCGUCGCGCCAAAGGGGCCGUAGCAAGGGAACAAGGCCGGCCCUUUGACGACACUGAAGCAGCUGAAGUUGCCCUCAUCCCCGGAGUGUCCCACGGAUUCAUGCAAUUCCCAGGAAUUUAUCCUCCUGCCUGGAAACACUUUGAUCGGUGCGUUCUCUGGUUCGAACAGCUCUUCCUCGAAGCAGAGCACCAUCGCACCAAGAACCAACACCCUACUCAUCUCUCCCCGCGCACAGAAAGGAUGGCAUACCACAGUCAGCAACGACAACAUCACCAACACCACUUGGCAGAGUCUAGUGGGGAGGAAGAUAAGCCAUUGGAGAUUAGCAUGACCAAGCUGAAUAGGGGACGGAGCUCAAAUGCUUCUGGGGCAGAGAAGGUGGAAAUGGUAUCAAAGGAGAAGGGAAAUGGCGAUGCGAAUAAACCUAGGAAGAGGAUUUUGAGUAAGAACAAGAGUCUCAUCAAGCUAGGCAGUGCAGAUGACUUGUUGGAUAGAAGGAUGGAGGGGUUGGCAGGCGGGCUGACAGGGACAGGGGAGGACAAUUAA